UGGGUCUGUAGGCUAAGGGAGAAGAUGGCGGCGCUAGGGGAACCUGUGCGGCUGGAGAGGGAUAUUUGUAGAGCAAUUGAAUUAUUGGAAAAACUACAAAGGAGUGGAGAAGUACCACCACAGAAACUUCAGGCUUUACAAAGAGUCCUUCAAAGUGAGUUCUGCAAUGCUGUGAGAGAGGUAUAUGAACAUGUCUAUGAGACUGUGGACAUCAGUAGCAGUCCCGAAGUGAGAGCAAAUGCUACUGCAAAGGCUACUGUUGCUGCAUUUGCUGCUAGUGAAGGACAUUCUCAUCCUCGAGUUGUAGAGCUACCAAAAACAGAAGAGGGCCUUGGAUUCAAUAUUAUGGGAGGCAAAGAACAAAACUCUCCGAUCUAUAUAUCUCGAAUAAUUCCAGGUGGAAUUGCUGAUAGACAUGGGGGCCUCAAACGAGGAGAUCAACUCCUCUCUGUUAAUGGAGUGAGUGUUGAAGGAGAGCAUCAUGAAAAAGCCGUAGAACUGCUGAAAGCUGCACAAGGAAAGGUUAAAUUAGUGGUGCGAUAUACACCCAAAGUCUUGGAAGAAAUGGAGUCGCGCUUUGAAAAAAUGAGAUCAGCAAAACGCAGGCAACAGACCUAAUACAUUUCAAAACUUGAUAUUUCAUUUUGCAUUUUAGCUAGAGAUGUUUUCCUUGUGACUUACUGAUGGCUGCAAUGCCAAUGAUUGUAAAAACAAACAAAUUUAUCAUGAAAAUUCUCCUUGCCAUUUUAUAAAUGCCUAUUUUAACAUCAUUUAUGGUUCCAGAGAUGCAUACUCUUUUUUCUGACAAGAAAAAGUAAAAGGUGAUGAGGGCAAUUCUGUCCUACUGUUUUUACAGGCCUUUUUCAAAUGCAGAUUUUGUCAUAAAGUUGUUAUAGAUUUUUUAAAAUGCUUUUUUAAUAUUAAAAUGUACUUUUACAUUCUUAAUCUUUUUUUAGAAAAGAAAAGUUUUCUUCAUUUGGCUGCUGAUUUAAAAGUACAGUUCUCCAAUUCUUUUUUUGCUUACUCUGUUUUUUUAACCUGUAACAUUUCUUUACAGUUUUCCAAGAAAUUAAACCUAACAGUCUCACUUACAGCAGUUCAUUACACUGUCAGUGUUAACAUCAUUGCUGCAUUUUGUACUUUGAACACACACAUAAUAUAUAUAACCAGUGGUACAUCAUGACUCAGCACAGUGCAAGUUUUUUUACUUUUACUUAAACAUAAUAUAUAAUGGAUAUUCAUUUGUACUGAUUUUUAAAAGUAAGUUUUUAAACAUUGAAACAAUCAUUGCUAAAAUAUGUAUUCUUAAUAUUUGAGCACUGGGACAAAAGGAUGUAAUUAAUAGCAUUACUGAUUACAUCCCUAUUUAUAUUCAACAAUAUAUCAAAUUACAAAUGCAAAACAGGUUCAGAUUUCAUCUCUUGCAAUUUUUUUUAAAUGCUUUUCAUUUUUAUUUUAAUACACAGUAUUUUCCCUAUAUUUUGGUCCUUCCAUUCCUAGAGACGAACCAGUAAUUUUGUGGUGGGAAGUAGCUGAAGUAAAGAAAAAGUAAUACCUUUGACCUCACUAGCUUCAAGAGUAUACAUUCUUACUAGCUCAGUUUAAAUAAUUGAUUUUAAGUAGGAAGGAGAGAGAAUAUAUUUAAGAUACAUAGAAAUUAUGAUGUGAUGUAUUCAUGAGAAUCUUGUAGAUUCCAUCAAAAUAGGAACUCAUCCUAAAAUUGUUGGAUUUAGAGAUGCAACUUUUAUUAUUCAAAUAUGGGAAUUUGAGAGAUAUUUUCUUUCAUUGGUCCACUGGAUGUCACCAUUUUACUAAAAGGCAGCUAUUAGUGCGUGACUGUCGCUGAGGUCUUAAAGACUGAAAGUUGAGGUUCAUUUUCUGUCACAACUUACAGGACUAUUUGUACUUUAAACAAAAUUUAAGUGACAAAUGUUAAAAGAUAAUGGGUUGAAAAUAUGUAAGCAAUUUGGCAUCAUUAUUAACCCUGUAUUAAAAAAGUGGGCAUUUUGUAACAUUCCUUCAGGAAGAAUAGAAAUGUAUGCUUUUAUCUGCAUGUUUGUGAUCACUGUGAGUCUCAGAUAAUUAUUCCAGUUUUCAAUGAUUUUUCAAAAUAAAAGUCAAUCAGCAUUGUUAUUCAUCAUUUAGGUAUUGAACACUGGAUUGCAUGGUUGAAUGUGUCUUUAAUCCACUACAAAAUGUGCUUGUUAUUGAUAGCAUCAUGUUGUUAAAUUGUAUAUUUUCAAAAUUAAUUGAUGUUUUUAAAAUGUUGAGACCAAAGUAGUAUAGAAGUAUGGACUUAAUUUAAUUGUAAAAUUAUUAGAGGUAUUUGUUGUAGAGCUUUAUAUAUUAAAGAGAGGUAUUGGUGCAUAUAAAAACAGUAA